CAGCAGAAGAAGCAGCAGCAUCAGUCAUGCGAUUGCUUUUUGGUGUCAUCGCCGUCGUCGUCGUUGGCGUCGCCCUGGUCCACGAUGCGGCAGCCGCGAAACGUGAGGCGCCGCUGAACAACGGCUACCUGCCGCCCUCAUCGUCCUUGCCCCACAGGCCAUCCUCCAAGUACGGCGCACCACCGCCCAGCUCCUAUCUGCCCCCAGCCUCUGGCCCGGCCCCCUCCUUCAAUGCUGGUCCAUCCAGCAGCUAUGGCGCUCCCCCCCAGAGCAGUUCGUCGGGCGGUCCAUAUCCGGCUGCAGCGCCACGUCCGUCCAGCUCCUAUGGAGCCCCAGCCCAGCGACCCUCCUCCAGCUACGGCGCACCGCCCAGUCGCCCCAGCCAAUCGUACGGACCUCCACCACAGGCCAAGAAACAUCACCAGCGUCGUCCGUCUUCCAGCUACGGCGCCCCGCGGCCAGCACCACCUUCCUCUUCCUAUGGUGCACCUGCACCCCCUUCCAAAUCUUACGGAGCACCUGCUCCACCCUCCAAGUCCUAUGGACCACCCCCACAGCCAUCAUCAUCUUAUGGAGCUCCCGCACCACCUUCUUCGUCCUAUGGAGCACCUGCACCCCCUUCCAAAUCUUACGGAGCUCCCGCGGCACCUUCAUCUUCAUAUGGUGCACCUGCACCCCCUUCUUCGUCCUAUGGAGCACCUGCACCCCCUUCCAAAUCUUACGGAGCACCUGCUCCACCCUCCAAGUCCUAUGGAGCUCCCGCACCCCCUUCUUCGUCCUAUGGAGCACCUGCACCCCCUUCCAAAUCUUACGGAGCACCUGCUCCACCCUCCAAGUCUUAUGGACCACCCCCGCAGCCAUCAUCAUCCUAUGGAGCCCCUGCACCACCUUCUUCUUCCUAUGGAGCACCUGCGCCACCCUCAAAAUCGUAUGGCGCACCCGCACAGCCCUCACAGUCCUAUGGAGCACCCGCGCAGCCAUCCUCCAGCUAUGGAGCACCUUCCCAAGGUCCCACGAACUCGUACCUGCCUCCCAUCUCGCGGCCCGCGAAGCCUUCCGCGGCCUACAAUGCGCCCAGUGUGAGCAGCUUCGUGCCACUGGCAUCGGCGCCCUCGACCAACUACGGGACUCCGUCGAAGACCCAGUCGCUGGGAAGCAGUGGAUACACCUCGGGACCAGCCGCAUCUUAUGAGGCGCCUUCGUCGUCGUACGGUUCUCCAUCGGUCUCCUCAUCGUUCCAACCAGUCUCAGCGCCUUCGUCCAGCUAUGGAGCACCCAGCGCCGGCUCCGGCUCUGGCAGCUUCUCCUCGGCACCUUCCUCGUCCUACGGUGCGCCAAGCAAGGGUUCCGGCAGUGGUGGAUCAUUCCACUCGGCGCCCUCCAGCUCCUACUCUGCGCCAAGUGCUAGCGCCAACAGCGGAGGAUCCUAUCCUUCUGCUCCCUCUUCCUCGUACUCCGCACCAAGCCCCAGCGCCAACAGCGGAGGAUCUUACCCAGCUGCUCCCUCUUCCUCGUACUCCGCACCAAGCCCCAGCGCCAACAGCGGAGGAUCCUAUCCUUCUGCUCCCUCUUCCUCGUAUUCCGCGCCAAGCCCCAGCGCCAACAGCGGAGGAUCUUACCCAGCUGCUCCCUCUUCCUCGUACUCCGCACCAAGCCCCAGCGCCAACAGCGGAGGACCUUACCCAGCUGCUCCCUCUUCCUCGUACUCCGCACCAACCCCAGCGCCAACACGAGGAUCCUAUCCUUCUGCUCCCUCUUCCUCGUAUUCCACGCCAAGCCCCAGCGCCAACAGCGGAGGAUCUUACCCAGCUGCUCCCUCUUCCUCGUACUCUGCACCAGGCCCCAGUGCAAACAGCGGCGGACCGUAUCCAUCGGCCCCAUCCAGCUCUUACGGUGCUCCCAGUGGUAGCUCGAACAGUGGCGGACCCUACCCUGCUGCCCCGUCCUCUUCGUACUCGGCACCCAGCAGCAGUUCCAACAGUGAUGGACCUUACCCUGCUGCCCCAUCCAACUCGUACAGUGCGCCCUCCACGUCGUACGGUACUCCUUCGUCGGGAUCUAGCUCUGGCAGCUACAGCUCUGGAUCUGGCUCAGGUUCGGGCUCAUCCUUUUCGGCAGCUCCUGCAUUCGGCUCGUCUUCGUCCGCCUCGGCAAGCGGUGGCUAUCCCUCGGGUCCGUCCAGCUCAUAUAGCGCUCCUUCCAGCUCGUAUGGAGCACCUGCUGCCGAUGACGGCUUUCCCAGUGGUCCCUCGUCCAGCUAUAGCGCAGCGCCCGCCAGCGGUUCGUCCAGCUCUGGCUCGUAUCCCAGUGCACCCUCGUCCUCCUACGGGUCGCCCGCUGAGGACUCUGGCUACAACUACUCCGGUCCCAGCCAAAGCCAAGUGCCCGAGACCAUCCAGCAGGGCUACAGCUCCAACGGCGGCUACACCUACCGCAAGAAGUGAGCCGCUGCAUCGCAUCCGCCACGUGCCUUCGAAUACUCUCGAGCCCAUCAUGUCAUCGCUUUCAUCUCAAAUGCGUCGCCAUUUUUAUUCGUAUUUCGUAUCUGUAAAUUAUUCCACGAACGGCACACAGUCCGUCCUUUUUUUCUUGUCUCCCAUUGAACUCUAGCCGUAACUCAUUGUAUCAUUAGAUAUAACAAAAUGUUUGUUAAAUAAACACG